AUGUUUGCUCAAGACGAUUCUUCAAAUUUUUUUAUUACUUCACUUCCUAAUGAAGUUUUAAAACUUAUUCUACAAAAUGUAAAUUGGAAAACUAUUUAUAAUAUUAGAUUAGUAUCAAGAUUUUUCAAUUUAUUUGUUUUAACAAAUCUGGAUUCACUACCUAAACCCAGAUUGAUGGGUCUCAAUAUUUCAAGUUUUGAAAUGAAUAAUGGGUCAAUUAUAUGUUCUUGUAAAUUGAUAAACAGUAUUAAAACAAUAUCUAUUGAAAAUUUUAAUUUUUCUCUACAAAAUUAUAAAAUUAGAGAACUUAUAAAAUGCCUUCAAAGAAUGGAUCUUACAAAUGUUGUCAGUAUAAAUAUAAAUGCAACUGGAAAAACAAUUAUAUUUGACAUUCUUAAUCAUUUUUUUAGCUUAAAAACUAAGGUAUAUUUUUUAAAACUAUUUAUUGACAGAAAUCAAUCAUUCGAAAAAUUUUCAUCGUUUAUUCAAAAAAUGAAGUAUGUAACCCAUUUGGAUAUUAGAAAAAUAUGUUUUCAUAAUCAGAGUAUUCCUCAAGAUUAUACGCUACCAAUGAUAAAUGAUAUGAGAAAUUUAUCCAUUUUUGAAUGUGAGUGUACACAUUUUGUUAAUUCAAAAAUGGUAAAUAAUUUGUUUUCCAAUAACAAAGAACUUUACAAAAUGGAUAUUUUGUCAAAGUGUUAUAAUUUUGAAGUUGACUUAAUAAAUGGUAUAGUAGAUAGGCAAAGUAUUUGUACUGGUGAAGAUAAUUGUCAUAAUAAUUAUUUUGUUAGUUUUCCUCAUCAAAAUGCCAUUGAAGCAUAUGUUGAUGUGAGAAAUUUUUUUCCAUGUAAAACAUAUAAUGUUGUGCAUGAUGGAAAGAAAAUUGGAAGAUUUAAUGCAUAUAAACGAUGCAACAAAUGUGAUUCUACAAAAUGUAUUACUUUCCAAUACUAUAAAUCGUAUUCAAGGCAAAAUGGAACAAAUUUAUAA